CAUCAGGCAUUGCGGGCGUAGUCAUGCAAGCUCAGACAUCAAGAAUAGCCAGCUGAUAAGAGCAUGGUCACUCUCUUGUUAACAUUGUAAACAUAGACCUGACGAAUAUUGAUGAGGAUUUAAUAACACAGCAAGUAUGUGUCAUCGAAUUGAUGAUGUUAUGAAGCUGUGUUGUGAGUUAUCUGCCAAUCAGCAAAUCCGGACCACAGUGACAGGCUCAGGGAAGGGAGCGGCAGCAGCUGGAGGGCUGGCCUUCGCUGGAGGGCUGGUCGGGGGUCCUCUUGGCAUUGCAGUCGGUGGUGCUGUCGGAGGACUUCUGGGCUGCUGGCUGACCAGUGGACAAUUCAAACCGCUGCCUCAGAUCAUAAUGGAGCUCAGUCCUGAGCAGCAACAGAAGCUUUAUGGUGACCUCAUGGCCAUCCUGGGAGACAUUCAGUGGACUGAUGUGGCUCAGCUAACUGCUCUAGUGAUGGGAAACGCCACCCUGAAGCAACAGGUUACAGCUGCCCUUCUCGGGUACAUCACCAAGGAGCUGCAGGCGGAGGUGCACUAUGUGGAUUAGUGUCUGUGGAAAAACUGGGAUAACCUGACUCAAAGGUGCACAUACGCAGGAGGACGGAGUGUGAACUGAUUUUGUGAAGCUAAAGAGACUCUUGAUCAAAUGUGAAAUCACAUGUUGUGAAAUUGCACAGGCACCAUCACAGUCCUGGUAACAGUAUGCUGGUUAGCAGCAUAUUGUGAAAACAGCUGUUUAACUGGAUUAAAUUAUUACAGGAAGUGCAUCAAAUGAAGGAAUUAUUUAUUCAUUGAGCCUUUCAUGGUACUGAUAAUCGUGGUUCAGCUACACUCAUUUUAAUGUCUGAAUACAUAGGAUUAUGCCUUGAAUGAAUGCCAAAUGUGCAGUGUGAAAUAUUGUGGUUUGAUGGAAAUUUAUUACAUUUAAAGGAAUUCUUUACCCACAAAAUGACCAUCUAUAUACCUAUCAGUUUAUUCUUGCCAUCUUACCUUUUCUUGCAUGCCUCUGGUAAACGAAGAAUCCAAAAACGGUAAUACUGUAUUUGUUUAAAAACUCUCAGACAACCUGUUUAGUAUAAUCCAAGUCUCAUGUGUCCAGUCGUACCCUCAGUGCUUCCCAAACAUGUUGCAUUGUCUUGGCUUCAGCCCUUUCUGACCAGCACUAAAAGUAAUAAUAAUAUUAAAAAUAAACUUAAUUCAUAUAGCACCUUUUAUACAAGAAAUGCAGCACAAAGUGUUUUACAAUAAAGACAGUUAAAGUCUGAGUGCUUCACAUGAAAACAGACAGAAUGGACAUAAAACAGACGAGGCUAUUUAAUAUGAAAGGACAUUAUAAACAGUUAAACACAUGGAUUAAAUGAUACCAAAAAAUCAUGGAGUUGUAAAACUACAAAUCAUAAAAACAAUCAAGCAGCGUGAAGCGUGAAUAGAAAGUAGAAGUGUGAAAGUGAAAGCAUAGAUAAGUUUAACUUUUAAUCAAGGCCAGAAAAGGACUGAAGGUGGGGCAGUGCCCCCAAGGAUUUCAAUUAAUCAACAAUGUUUGUAAUGUUUUUGGAUUCUUCGAUCACAUGUGAGGCAUGUGAGAUAAACAAUGUUUUCUUUAACAAUUCAAGAUGAUGCGGCAUGAAAAAUCCAUAUAUAAAUGCUUAUUUUGUGGGUGAAGUAUUCCUUUAAGAAUAGGAGUUAACCAGCAUAUAUGUACAGUAUAUUGUAUUGAAAUGAUUUCAUCAAUAAAAACAAAAAAAGUU